UAGAAAGCGAUGGCGGCGGCUUAGCUCCAACAGGACGGAUUAAGAAAGUAGUGUUUACACCUUCUCAAUCGCUUUGUUCAUUCCUAAUUUCAUCACAAACGCGGAGAAAGUGCUUUAUUUUGCAGGAUGCAAUCUUAGAUAUCAUCGCUCACAACUGCCUUACUACAAUGAUCGAUUAACACACCUGCAAGAUGCCACACGCCACACUCUGAACAUUUCCAAGCCUUUGAUUUUCCAGUUUUCGAGCGUGUGACCCUCCGGUCUGGAGUUCCUGGACCCGUGUUUUUCUGGCAGUGUUGAGCUCCCCUCCGCACAAAGGACUGGUGUUCUCACGAGUGUGACACCCCCCCACCCCCUCCUCCGCCUCAGGAGCCAUGGACGAGGAGGAGCAGCAGAGUCCGGAGGCGGGCAAGGCCAACACCACCCUCCCCAGGAAGAGCCCCGUGCUGGAGGAAGACAACCUGCAGGUCCCCUUCUCUGAGCUCCAUGGCGAGUGUGUGGAGUUUGUGGGCAGGGCGGAGGAUGCCAUCAUCGCCAUGUCCAGCUACCGGCUGCACAUCAAGUUCAAGGAGAGCGUCGUCAAUGUGCCGCUGCAGCUGAUUGAGAGCGUGGAGUGUCGGGACAUGUUCCAGCUGCAGGUCACCUGUAAAGACUGCAAGGUCAUCAGGUGUCAGUUUGCGCAGGCUGAGCAGUGUCAGGAUUGGCUGAAGCGUCUGGGUGCGGUGGCACGACCGCCCACUCAGCUGGACCAGCUCUUCGCCUUCUCCUUCCACGCACACAGCGAGCAGCAGCAGCAGCCACACAACGACAUCUGCCGCGCAGGUGACCAUGUGUCAUGCCGCUUCAAGAACGAGGUGGAGCGCAUGGGCUUCGACAUAGGCAGCACGUGGAGGAUAUCGGAGAUCAACCGCGACUUCAGGCUGUGCUCCAGCUACCCAGAGCUGCUCCUGGUGCCUGCCUGGGUCACUGACAAGGAGCUGGAGAACGUGGCUGCCUUCCGCUCCUGGAAGAGGUUCCCCGUGGUGGUCUACAGGCACCAGACUACAGGUGCGGUGAUCGGGCGCUGUGGGCAGCCGGAGGUGAGCUGGUGGGGCUGGCGCAGUGCGGAGGACGAGCAGCUGGUCCAGGCCAUCGCUAAAGCCUGCACCUCUAAUGGCAACAACACUGCACUCACGCCGCUCACCAACGGCUCCUGCGGACACGCACACACCAACGGAACCAACGGCACCAAUGGCAACGCUGUCUCUCCAGAAUCUGUGGGAAAUGGUGACGUUGUGGAGGCGGAAUCAAACAGCCCUCCUCCGGAGAAGUUGCUGAUACUGGACGCCAGGUCGUACGCUGCCGCCGUAGCCAAUCGUGCGAAGGGGGGUGGCUGCGAAUGUCCAGAGUACUACCCCAACUGUGAGGUGGUGUUCAUGGGCAUGGCCAACAUCCACUCCAUCAGGAAGAGCUUCCAGUGCCUGCGCUCGCUCUGUGCCCAGGUGCCCGACCCAGCCAACUGGCUGUCAGCUCUGGAGAGCACCAAGUGGCUGCAGCACCUGUCUCUGCUGCUGAAGGCGGCUCUGCUGGUGGUGAAUGCGGUGGAGCGCGACCGCAGGCCUGUGCUGGUGCACUGCUCCGACGGCUGGGACCGCACGCCGCAGAUUGUGGCACUCUCCAAGCUCCUCCUAGACCCCUUCUACCGCACCAUAGAGGGUUUCCAGGUGCUGGUGGAGACUGAGUGGCUGGACUUCGGCCACAAGUUCGCGGACCGCUGUGGCCACGGCGAGAAGGCGGACGACCUGAACGAGCGCUGCCCGGUCUUCCUGCAGUGGCUGGACUGCGUUCACCAGCUGCAGAGGCAGUUCCCCUGCUCCUUCCAGUUCAACGAGGCCUUCCUGGUGAAGCUGGUUCAGCAUACCUACUCGUGUCUGUUUGGGACGUUCCUGUGUAACAGUGGGCGGGAGCGAGAGGAGGGCUGUGUGCAGAGCAGGACCUGCUCCGUCUGGUCACUGCUGCGGCCGGCACACCGCGCCUUCAGAAACAUCCUCUACUCACCACACUCCGAGACGGUGCUGCAUCCUGUGUGCCACGUGCGUAACCUGAUGGUAUGGAGUGCCGUCUACCUGCCCAGCUCCUCCCCUUCUACACCAUGUGAGGAGUCCUGUGCUCCUUACCCAGCACACAAAAACUCUGGUGAAGACGUACCCAAUGGCAGGCUUCCUAAGACGCGUUCCGUGGACGACCUGCCGUCGGCCUGCGAGGUUGGCGGGGGCCCUCCCCCUAGCCGGCGCUGCAGCGACCCCAACCUGCGCGCCCUGGAGCUGACGGCCAUGGCCACAUCACCAGACGGGGAGGAGGAGGAGGAGGACAGCAGCCCCAACCAGCUGGACAUCGAGCCCAGCCCCAGCCCCAGCCCUAGUCCCCACAGGCCCGACCCAGACACCACCAGGGCAGAGGAGGAGGAGGAGGAGCAGCCUGUGGAGCGGGCUGAGCCAAUCAGAAAGCAGGCAGCCGAGGUUUCUGGGAGCUGUGAGGAGGCGGGGCUGUCUGUGGCGGAGGGCGUGGCCCCAGCUCAGAUGGAGCACAUCCUAAAGGAGGCCCGUGAGGAGGGGACAGUGGUUUCAGUCCCUCAGGCCACCACCACCACCACCACCACCAAUGGCGCUCUGUCUGAGGACGCCAGCGAAGACAUCACCCCCUCCACCCUCUCCACGCCCUCCCCCCACUCUGAGGCGUCCUCUGCAGUUCCUGCUGCUGCCGCCGCACCUCAGGACCCCGUGAGUCAGCUGUCUGAGAAGCUGGUGGAGCAGGCUCUGGAGAACGCCACCAACCACACCCCGCCCCCUCUGCCUAGUCACAUGACCAACGGCCACUGCAACGGCCAGUCGGAGCAGGAUGGCUCGCCGCUGACUCCGCCUCCUUGUGGACAGGAAGGGGCCGGUGAGCGAGCUCUUCCCGCCACCUCAGCCCAGGAGAAGAUGCCUGAGCAGGCAGGAGCUCCACUCAACACUCCCUCCUCACACCAGCACCAAGCACAGCCUGCUGCAGCGGCCCACCCGGAGCCCCCCCGGACUCUCAAUGGCCUCCACUCGCCUUCCCACGGUGCCUUGCCACACCCUCUGUCCCCCUCCCCUAGCACCAUGUGCAACGGCGAGAGCCACCACCCUACAGCCAACGGCCACAACCACCAUCACCUCCACCACCACCACCACAACCACCGCAGGCCGCCCAGCCGCCAGACCUCCUGCUCGGGCACAGGCAGCGGGCUGACGUCCCCCUGUGGCGGAGGCCUCCGCUACCCCCGCAAGCUGUCGUCGGGCACUAGUCCCCGGGCACAGGGAGCCGCCUCCUCCUCUACAGCACUGCCCCCUGCUGGACACCUGGAGGAGGACGGGCUCAGCGUGCACAGCGAUGCAGUGCAGGUGCGUCUGCAGCAGAUGGAGGCGGGUCACCAGCUGCAGGUGGAGAACCUCAAGAGGCAGGUGCAGCAACUCUGGAGUCGCCUCCGAGUCAACAACGGAGAAGCACCCAACGACAUGGUGUCAAUGGCAGACGGGGAGAAUAAUCUGGAGCCGAUGUGUCUGUCGCGCUGCAGCUCCGAGUUCUUCUCUGAGGGCAGCUGGGAGCAGGUGGAGCAGCGUGAGCCGGAGGUCACGAGGUGGUACCCAGAUCACUUGGCAACACACUGCUACGGCUGUGAGUCCAAGUUCUGGAUGGCAGCACGGAAGCACCACUGCAGUGCCAGAGAGCCUGUUGAAGAAGCCUGGAACUGUGGGAACGUGUUCUGCGCGAGCUGCUGUGACCAGAAGGUGGCGGUGCCGAGUCAGCAGCUGUACGAGCCCAACCGCGUGUGCAAGGCCUGCUACGGCCACCUGCGUAUGAGCUCGGUGCCCCCGGCCGUGCCCCCCGCCGACCUGGAGCUGGAGAAGCCAAUCACAGCCAGCUCCAACUAGACACCACAAACACACCCCUCUCCCUUCCUCAAAAAGAAUCAGCCAAUCACAGAUAAGCGUCAACUCACCGGAGCGUGUUGGGCCAGACAAGCCUCGACAGCAGAGUUCAGCCAAUCAAAGACUAACCCCACCCCCAAACAACUUGGCUUAGACUUCUCUCCCUCCCCAGCGCUCCUGUAGUGGUCAGUCUUCACUCCCCCCCUGGACUGGACAGAUCACAGAUUACCACAAUAUCCUACCCCAAUACCCCAUCCUUCUGUGUACACAUAGAAUUAACAAUUGAGCCGCCUGGGCGUGUGAAGAGAAUCUUUUGCACACACAAGCACACACACGGAAGACGGGAUAUUUAGUGUGAAUGAGAUGUAUGUAUAUAAUGCCAUGUGUACAGCUAAAUUUGACGAUAGAGAGUAAUGGGAUGAUGUGUGUGUGUGUGUGAGAGAGAGACAGAGAGACACCAGAAUGGACUCUUAUAGCUCAGCUCUGCUACCGUUGCAAACCGUCAGCUUGUUACCGGACUGUUGGAAACAACCAUGGCGACCCCUGAGGCAGCGCUAUAGACUGUUGUGACGAGGUGACAGCGGUGAGCCACCUCAGUGUCACGUCAUGUCGGACUCCUGCUCAUGUAUCCCAUGCUGCUUUGCUCCCCUUCCUCCAGGCUGAGUGCUGAGGGCCUGUGCUGGGGGGUCCCCCCCCCCUCUCUCGAUGGUGUUGAGGAGGGGGCCUCGCCGCGUGCUGAGAGACUGUUUUGCCUGCAGAGGACGAGGUGCUCCCAAAGUGUGUGAAUGAAUUAAAGCACAUCACACUGCCCACCUACA